CCAUGUCCAAAAACUCCCAGUGACGUUCCACCCUGCGGCCGCGCGUACCCAAUCACAGCCUGCCGCUAAAAAAGAGAGAUUCCAAAAGCACAAAAGGAUUACUUACACCUGUGCUUUAUUUUACGCCAUUAUUACUUUACUUUACUUCAUACUCCUUCAUCCACGCUAAAAUGCGCCUCCACAAAGUCUACCAAUGUGCCUCUCUCUUUCAUUUACCCAAACAGCCCUUCCUCCUCUCCUCCUCCCCUCACUUUCUCUCUCUAAAACCUCCUCUCCGUCAUCCCUUUCAAUUCAUCAAACCUUGUUCGACGACUUCGCCAGCUGCCUUCCCAACCAAACCAAUGAGGUCUCGAAACAUCGUCGCCGUCGGUGCGGCCGAGACUGACGGAGGAUCUAACGGCGCUACUCAUUCUUCCGCUGGCACCGCUGAUCGUGAAGACGCAUCACUGGAAAAUGGUUAUUGCCUUCCUCCACCAGAGAUCAGAGAUAUUGUCGAUGCUCCACCUCUUCCAACAUUAUCAUUCUCUCCUCACAGGGACAAAAUUCUAUUCCUUAAAAGGAGAUCAUUGCCUCCUUUGGCAGACUUGGCAAGACCUGAGGAGAAGCUUGCUGGAGUCCGAAUUGAUGGAAAAUGUAACUCUCGGAGUCGAAUGUCAUAUUAUACUGGUAUUGGAGUCCACCAGUUGAUGAAUGACGGUACCUUGGGUCCUGAAAAAGAAAUACAUAACCUACCAACCGGUGCUAAAAUCAAUUUUAUCACAUGGUCAAGUGAUGGUACCCAUCUGGCGUUCAGUGUACGAACCGAUGAGGAGGAUGGCAGCAGCAGCAUGCUAAGAGUAUGGGUAGCUGAUAUUGAAACUGGAAAAGCUAGACCCCUUUUCCAGGCAACAGAUAUUUUUCUAAAUGCAGUUUUUGAAAACUUUGUGUGGGUAAAUAACUCAACGUUGUUGGUCUGUACCAUUCCCCUAUCUCGCGGAGAUCCUCCAAAGAAAACUUUGGUUCCUUCUGGUCCUAAGAUCCAAUCCAAUGAACAAAAGGAAAUCAUUCAAUCAAGAACAUAUCAAGAUCUUCUUAAAGAUGAAUAUGAUGAAGAUUUAUUUGAUUACUACGCGACUUCACAACUUGUUCUGGUAUCUCUGGAUGGAUCGGCAAAGCCCGUUGGAUUGCCGGCUAUAUAUACAUCAUUGGACCCAUCUCCAGAUGAAAACUACAUUAUUGUGAGAUCAAUGCACAGGCCGUAUUCUUUUAAUAUACCGUGUGGGAGAUUCCCCCAAAAGGUUGAUAUCUGGACAGCUGACGGAAACUUUCUGAGGGAAAUUUGUGAUUUGCCCCUUGCUGAGGAUAUCCCCAUAACACAUAAUAGUGUUCGAAGAGGAAAACGCUCAAUCAAUUGGAGAGCAGAUAAGCCAUCAACACUUGUCUGGGUUGAGACACAAGACGGUGGUGAUGCCAAAGUAGAAGUCUCUCCACGUGAUAUAGUUUAUGCAGAGCCUGCUGAGCCACUUGAAAAUGAGCAACCGGUGGUUUUGCAUAAGCUCGAUUUCCGUUAUGGAGGGAUCUCUUGGUGUGAUGACUCGCUUGCAUUAGUAUAUGAAUCUUGGUAUAAAACACGGAGAAUAAGGACCUGGAUUAUUUCACCUCAAAGUGAGAGUGUAAGUCCACGCAUACUGUUCGAUAGGUCGUCUGAAGAUGUUUACUCAGAUCCUGGUUCUCCUAUGCUGCGGAGAACUCCUACGGGUACUUACGUGAUUGCGAAGAUUAGGAAGGAAGGUGACGAAGGCACAUAUCUCUUAUUAAAUGGAAGUGGCGCUACUCCACAAGGGAAUGUCCCGUUCUUGGAUUUAUUUGACAUAAAUACAGGCAAUAAAGAACGAAUAUGGGAGAGUGACAAAGAAAAAUAUUACGAGACUGUUGUUGCUCUGAUGUCUGAUCAAGAUGAAAGGGAGAUGUAUCUUCAUCAGUUAAAAGUACUGACAUCCAAAGAAUCUAAAACCGAAAACACACAGUAUUACUUAUUUAGUUGGCCAGAAAAGAAAGCAUGCCAGGUUACAAAUUUCCCCCAUCCUUAUCCUCAGUUGUCUUCAUUAAAGAAAGAGAUGAUUAGGUAUGAGAGGAGUGAUGGAGUCCAACUUACUGCAACCCUAUAUCUCCCCCCUGGUUAUGAUCCCGCAAGAGAUGGACCCCUUCCAUGUUUAAUGUGGUCUUAUCCGGGAGAGUUCAAAAGUAAAGAUGCAGCUGGACAAGUACGUGGUUCUCCAAAUGAGUUUGCUGGCAUUGGUUCGACAUCUCCAUUACUUUGGCUAGCAAGAAGGUUUGCUAUCUUAUCAGGGCCAACAAUUCCCAUCAUCGGAGAGGGUAAUGAAGAGGCAAAUGAUAGGUAUGUAGAGCAACUUGUUGCAAGUGCAGAGGCUGCAGUGAAGGAAGUUAUUCGCCGGGGGGUGGCUCAUCCUAACAAAAUUGCUGUUGGUGGUCAUUCCUACGGGGCCUUCAUGACUGCAAAUCUUCUUGCUCAUGCACCUAAUCUUUUCUCUUGUGGAAUUGCUCGUUCUGGAGCUUAUAACAGAACACUUACUCCAUUUGGGUUUCAGAGCGAGGAUAGGACAUUGUGGGAGGCUGUUAAUACCUAUGUUGAAAUGAGCCCAUUUAUAUCAGCCAAUAAAAUUAAGAAGCCUAUAUUGCUUAUUCACGGAGAAGAAGACAAUAAUCCAGGAACACUUACAAUGCAGUCAGAUCGUUUCUACAAUGCAUUGAAAGGCCACGGUGCACUUUGCCGGCUUGUAAUUCUUCCAUUUGAGAGCCAUGGUUAUGCAGCACGCGAGAGUGUGAUGCAUGUUCUAUGGGAAACCGAUAGGUGGCUCCAAAAGCACUGUGUGGAUAAUUCAUCAGAUCCUAUUGCACCUGAAGAAAAUGCAAACACAGGUAUAACAGAUGCAGAAAAUAAAGCUGUGGGUGUAGCUGGAGGGGUCGCAGAGAAUCAAAUUCCAGACGAUGAAAUUGAUAACGUUCAAAUCAUGCGAAGGUCUUCAUUAUGCAGAUAUGAUUGAUCAUGAACGGGGGCAGUACACAAGUGGAUCAAUUAAGCUAAAUGUACAGGAUUUUGGUUCCGAUUCAUCAACAAAUAAUCAUUCCCGUGGAAGCAAAUAAGGGGGGACUGAAAUGAAUGUUUUACUGAAAACUAUUGCAGGAUUGGGCUAAAUCAUCUGUAAGGUUGUGUAUGCAUUCAUGUAUGGUCUAAAUUAUUAUUUAGGUUGGUGGUAUUAUUCAUCUGAAAUAAUUUAGAUGCAAGGGAAUGAUCCACCAAAGUAAGGUUAAUAAAUAAGUACUUUGUUAUUAUAAAUUAAAACACUUACAACUUCAAAUCAUUAAAAUUUGAUGAAGUUGGUAUUAUCGAGAUAGAUAUUUUGACA